AAUACCGAAGAACAACGCAACGCACAAUCGUCUCGUCGUCUCGCACUGUGCCUUUUUUUCCCACAUGUAUCUCUGUUCCCUGGGAAUCUGAUUUGAAGAAUUUUCUAAAUUAAACACCACAUAUUUCUCUCACAGUUUGUAGUGACCAACAAAGAACAUGUCUCUUGCCUUUGUUCCGCCUCGGCAACGACAUGAUCGCGGGAAAUCUGUGCCCGACCAGGCAACAAUACAAAAGAUGCUUGAUGAAAAUAAUCAGCUGAUACAAGCCAUUGUUGACUACCAGAACAAGGGAAGAGCUUCGGAGGUUGCCCAAUAUCAACAAAUUCUGCACCGCAACCUGGUAUAUCUGGCAACGAUAGCAGACUCCAACCAGAGCAUGCAAAACCUGUUAGCUCCCCCAAACCAGAGCAGUGCUAACAUGGGCAACCCUUCCCAAGGGAUGAAUGGUCCCAACCCACCCCCUGGGGGAAUGGUGCCUAAUUCACAGCCAGAUAACAUGAUGCAUCAGCAUCACCAGCAACACCCACAACCACAGCAGCAGCAACAUCCACAGCAUCAGCAGCAUCCUCAACAUCAGCAGCAACAUCCACAACAUCAGCAGCAGCAUUCUCAACAUCAGCAGCAGCAACACCCACAACAACAACAUCCACAACAGCAACAACAUCCACAGCAACAACAGCAACAGCAGCAUCCACAGCAGCAGCCACAGCCACAGUCUCAUCAACAGCAGCAGCAACAGCAAGCGCAGCAACAGCAGCAACCGCAGCAACAGAUGGGCACUGUGCCUGCUAGUAUGCCACAGACAUCUUCAGGCCCAAUGCCUAUGGGCCAGAUGCACGGUUCCCAAAUGGGCGACCAGUCGUCAAUGGGCCCACCGUCCAGCACCUCUGGUAAUAACAUGCCCAGCUACAGUACAUCAGGCAACACCCAGAACAUGGGAGGAUACCCAAGAGGCUCCAUGCCCCAAGACCAGACCCCACAAGGCCCUCCAAUGAGUGAGCAAGGCUUGAUGUUGCCCCCAGCCAGCUCGGCCCUGCCCACCAACAUGGCGGCCAAUCCCACCAAUCCCCCGAUGCCCCCCAAUCCCAGCAUGCAAAGUGGCUACAAUCCUAGCGCCUCACAGGGUAGCGCCGCCUACUCCCAUGCGGCCAUGCCCCAAUCACAGGUAAGCAUGAUGCCACGGCAACCAAACAUGCCCAGCAACCAGCCAACCAAUCAGCAGCAGCAGCAGUUCCACAUGCCCCAGCAGAGGUACCCGCCGCAGCAGGGAAUGAUGGGGCCAUCUCAGAACGGUAGUCAAGGCAACCAGAUGAUGGGAACACAGCAGCCAAUGGGAGGAUUCAGACAGCCUGCCCAGACAGGGAACUAUGGCGGCUACCCGCAGGGCCAAGGCCGGUAUGGGUAUGGUCCUGGCCCCGGGCAGGCCCAGGGGCCGCCGGGGCCAGCCGGCCCUGUUGGGCCUGUAGGGCCGGGGCCCGGUCCCCAGCAAGCAGGUGGUUAUGGAGGUUAUGGCCAAGGACAGUAUGGGCCUGGUUAUCAGCAGUGA